AUGUCCCUGAAUUCCCUGAAUUCACACUGCCAAAUCUGGGCAGGCAGGCUUGUACAGUAUGUGUGUCUCUCGCGGGGGGACAUGCCAGGGCUCAAUGCAGAACUUCGUCGUUUCUGGGCGCGAUUGAUGAUGGCAGCGCGGGUCGUGGACAAAGCAACGAAUCUGGUGAAGGCCGUUGCGACAAACUGCUUGGGAAUCGAGCCUGUUGAGGAGAUGCUGAUGUUCGGGCAGAUGCCAAGUGUGCUGUUUUGCCGGGCCAUUCUUCACCUGCCAACCUGGCAAGCUGCACGGAACCAAACAAUGCAGGUUCUGGACCUGGUGCUGGUAGGUCACAGCCACGGCGGCUUGAUGGCGCACGACGUAGCCCAGAGGCUGGAGUCCACUGGCUUUGCGGUCAGGGGGAUCAUGGCGCUGGACACCCUAAAUGUACCCCACUGGACUGGUGACGCAGAAAUGGAGCCGAAGGCCUUGCUCAAGAACAGAGCUCCUUAUCACUGGCAGCUCCUCGCACUGGAAGUCAACAUGAUGGCAAUGAGAACAGCCGCGCCUCGGAUGCAGUCUGGUUUGGGUUUUUUUGUUGGGUUUUUUUUGGGGUUUUCGGGUUGUGGAUGGCUAUGUCGUAAGAUGGCCCAAGUUCCCCGAGGUGCUGCCAGUCCAGCGGAAUUUGAUGGACAAGGCUGA